AAUAAUAAGAGUUACUAAUAAUACAUAAUUUGUAUGGAAAUGCAGGAAUUGUUUAUAGCAGGAAUAGACAAUCCAUACAAUGCAGCAGAGUGGGCACUCUCAGAGAUGUUGAACCAGCCAGAGAUGCUUGAAAAGGCAACUGAAGAAAUCGACAGAGUGGUGGGCAAAGGAAAACUCCUCCAAGAGUGUGACAUCCCCCAACUCCCUUACCUUGUGGCCUGCGCAAGAGAAGCUCUCCGCCUCCACCCGGUCACCGCCUUCAACGUCCCCCAUCUCUCCACUGCCGACUGCACCGUCGCUGGCUACUUCAUUCCCAAGGGCAGCCACGUCCUCCUCAGCCGCCACGGCCUCGGCAGCAACCCGGUUGUGUGGCUUCAAUCCGGACCGCCAUCUUCCUGAUAAGAAGUGUGACUUGGGGAGACGGAGCUGCGGUUCGUGAGCUUCAUUCACGACAAGGAGGAGAGGGUGCAUCGAAAUGGGGCUGGGGACGAACAUGAGUGUUAUGCUUUUGGGAAGACAGUAUUUCACAUGGAAGAUUCCACAAGGAAUGGAGAAGAUAGAUUUGAAGAGUGGAGAGGGCAACUCUCUGUUUAAGACUACGCCAUUGUAUGCCCAUGCAAAGCC